AGCAAUAUAUAUAUUUAAUAGGGCUUCCUGUAAAUACUGAACUUGUAUUUCACUUUCGCUUUGCAAGCAGCUACUGUAGUAGUGGUUCACGUAGCCUGGGAGGAAAAAAAAAAAACGAAACGUCUAUAUUCGUUUACAAGUAAAAAUGGUGCUCAAAUACCCAGAGGCCCGGAGAGAUGAAAGCAUUAUUGACGACUACCACGGCACGAAAAUCCCAGAUCCCUACGCGUGGCUGGAGGACCCGGACAGCGAGGAGACGAAGGCGUUUGUGGAGGCCCAGAAUGAGCUGACCAUGCCUUUCCUGGAGAAGUGUGCGGUGGGGACAAAGUUUCACCAGAGACUGACGGAGCUUUACGACUAUCCCAAAUACAGCUGCCCCUACAAGAGAGGGAACAAGUACUUCUAUUUCUAUAACAAGGGGCUGCAGAAUCAGGAUGUGCUGUACAUGCAGGACUCUCUCCAAGGGGAGGCACGGGUCUUCUUUGACCCCAAUCUUCUCUCUGAAGACGGGACUGUGGCUUUGAAAAUGGCGCGUCUGUCAGAGCAGUGCGAGUGCUUUGCCUACGGGCUGAGUGGCAGUGGAUCGGACUGGGUCACUGUGAAGUUCAUGACAGUGGAAGAUCAGAAGGAGCUGCCCGACACUCUGGAGAGGGUGAAAUUCAGCUGCCUGUCCUGGACUCACGACAGCAAAGGAGUCUUCUACAACUGCUACCCCCAGCAGGAGGGCAAAGCUGACGGCACAGAGACCACCACCAAUCUCAACCAAAAGCUGUUCUACCAUGUGAUCGGAACCAACCAAUCCGAGGACAUCCUGGUCGCAGAGUUUCCUGAUCACCCCAAAUGGCACAGUAGCGCGACGGUGUCGGACGACGGGCGGUAUGUGCUCCUGUCUAUAACAGAGGGAUGUGAGCCAGUGAAUCGGCUGUGGUACUGUGACCUACAGCAGCUGAGCGGCGGCAUUACUGGGAUUCUGCCAUGGGUGAAGCUCGUUGAUAAUUUUGAGGCUCAGUACACCUACGUGACCAAUGAGGGCACUGUUUUCACCUUCCGUACCAACCUGCUGGCUCCUCGAUACCGUCUCAUCAACAUUGACCUGCAGAGUCCACACCCCUCUCUGUGGGCGACACUGAUCCCAGAGCACGAGAAAGACGUCCUAGGUAAGAGAGACUUCCUGGCCUUUCACCUGGUUACACGCACAGGGAAAUCACUCUUACCUGUCACGCCUGCCCGUUCACUAAGAGUGGUAUAGAGAAUUGUGCAGGGCUCCACAAUAUGAACGGGGUCCUUCAAAAGAACCAAUCUGGCAAUCUAUAGUCUUAAGUAAAUGCAAGUACGUACAAAUGUGCCUGAAGGUGUGUCUAAAGCUGAGGGAACACAAAGCCACUUUUUUUAGUAAUAUUGGCUUGAAGUCUGGUUCCAGCAGACCAGGAAACCUAGUUUGAGGUAACUUUGCUGUAUCAAACCCCAAGUCUCCCCUGGUGUGCCAUGCAGUGGCCUGAAACCUAGUUUCCGGAGCCCAAGUUCCAAGCUACAAAGUGGCUUUGUGUUCCCUCGGCUUUAGUGUAGGGUCUACCAGUUCGCCAGCUUUUUUAUAUUGAUAUUUCUGUAUGGCUCUGUAAGAACCAGGUAUUAGGAAUGGCUGGUUUAGCCAAAUAAAGGUUCUGAUCUAUUUCAUUAUAAAAUAUAUAUUUCUGGUACCAUAUUUAAGAAGCUCUUCCUCGGUCUGUUCACCAGCAGAGUGCUACUCUCCCCUCCCCACAGUCUUCUUUCCUGUCAAUAGCCUGCCAUCUGUGUCCUCUAAUGAGUGAAUGUUUUAUAGCAGGUCACAUGAUCUAAAGGCUGGAGUGCCAUGACCUAGGAAGUGAAACAGUACUGAAAGUAAGACAUGCUGACUGAGAUCUUCGGGUGGCCAAAGUCGGCUCUUCAACUCCCAGUCUUUGUUUCAACCCUCUUUGAACUUGUUUUGAACAAAUUCAACCUCCAUCCGGACCCUGAAGUAUCUCAUUUUACAUGUAAAACCUGGAGUGGAUUAGCCCUCCAGGACCGUGAUUGGACACCCACCCCUAGGAUCUUUUUUUAUUGAAAAUUCAUGUUGUAUGUUGACAAAGAGCACACCGUGUUAGAUUAUUGCAAUAGCUUUGACCAGUUUAAAACAGUCAUGAUAAGCAAUGCUGAAAUUCCAUAUACAGGGAUGGCUUUUCAAAUAAACUGCACAUCUUGAUAUACCUGGCUAUCAUUUUUAUUUGUAUGCAGAAAUUUUAAUAUCUUGGUGUUUUGCUCCCCCACAGUGAUGAUAAAGCUCCAUUUUCUAUGUGUUGAGCUUCAUAGCCGGUGUGAAUUUUCACUGGUCUGAUUACAGGCACUUGUAACUUGACUGUCCUCAAAAUAGGACGCAGCAGUUUGUAGCAAGAAUGAUUGAUUUAGAAUGUAUCUACUGAGCAUCAAAAGAAACUUAU